AUGUGGUUAAAUAAUGGACACGGAAAAUAUGAAGAACUUCCCGAUGAACGAGCUUUCUUUAAUGCGGUUAAAACUUCUCACAAAGUUGUUUGCCACUUUUAUCUUCCAUCGACAGAACGGUGUAAAAUUCUUCAUCAACAUAUGCAAAAGAUUGCUCCGAAAUAUUUAGAAACCCGAUUUGUUUGCGUCAAUUCGGAAAAGUUUCCAUUUAUCGUAAAAAAUUUAAAUAUACGCAUGAUUCCAACUGUUGCUAUAAUUAUUGAAUCAAAAACCGUCGAUUAUAUUCGUGGAUUUAAUGAUCUUGGUGAUACCGAUGAAUUUAAAACUCAAACACUGGAAUGGAGGCUUGCUGAAUCAGGUGUUAUUGAUUAUGAUGGUCCUUCUGGUCUCGCUGGUUGUGGAACAAAUGUGGCCAAAUUUUCUAAAGUAUCCGCCAAUACGCAAAGGAAGAUGAUAAGAAAUGGAAACAAUUAUGGUUCAGAUGAUGAAUGA